AAAUGCAUAGCAACAUGCAAAAAGGCACUCUGAACACCCUAGUUACAGCAAACCAAUAACAAAAAAAUAUAUCAAGACUUGAUCAUUAUUUGUUGCAUGUGACAAUUUUCUACUUUUAUUCCAUCUUAAUUUACGGUCAUUAUCCCUUACAUUACUCCCAGCGGUCUGAUGUAUGUAAGUGUCAAAGGUGUACAAUACUCUUUUGAAAUAGACAACAAUAUCUAGAAAUAUUUACCAGAUACAGCAGCCCAAAAUGUAGAAGCAUUAGAUUAGAAAAUAUAAUAGAACAAAUUAUCAAAGCAAGCAAACAAAUGCUGCAAGAACUUUUCUCAGCCCUAAUGACUUCUAAAUGGGUGUUUUGGUUAUUUUUAGUGUUAUGCUCAGAUAUAUGCAUAACUUGUACUUUUUGAAGGUUGUGUGAGCAGUAAAAAUAGCUCUUGUUUCCAAGACAACGGUACUACACUUUAUUAUUAUUGUAUUUUUUCUCAGUUUAUCUCUUGAUCCGACAACAUUGCUGGUUUUGUCAGCGAUGCCAUUUCUUUCUUCAUCUCUCGUCCUCUCCACCUUCACCUCCUCCGCCUCUCAUCCAUCAUUCCUCCCCUGAUAAUACAGACCACUGGCUGUGCGUCACUCCUUUAGUGCUUCACUCCGUUCAUCUCUCCGCUCAGCAUCCAUCCGUCCUCCUCCGGCAGCACUAUGGACAGCACAGUUUCAGCCUACUCUGAGAAGCUUAGAGAGAUGUCGGUGUUGUCUCUCCUCUGCUCCUGUUUGUAUUCCCAGCCUCUUCCCAACACCUUCGGUCAGUUUGAAGAUAUGGAGGUGAAGUCGCUGAAUAAGCGAGCUUCUGGCCAAGCAUUUGAAGUCAUCUUGAAGAGUCCGACUGAGCCGUCUCCAGAGAGACCCCAGACUCUGGCACUGCCGCCCCAGAAGAAGGAGCCUUCCCUGGGGGAACUACAGAGGAGGCUGGAGGCCGCAGAGGAGAGACGGAAGUCUCAGGAGAAGCAGGUGCUCACCAAGGCCCAGGAGAUCAACAACAACUACAGCAAGAUGACCGAGGAGAAACCUAACCGCAAAAUGAGCUUCAUGCUGCAGAAGUCUGUAAGAAUAAGGAACUUCACACUGAGCUCUCUGGCUAAGGACACUCAGAGUCGUGAGGCGUCCAAUCAUGACUGCAUUUGGAGAAUAUCUCAUUCUCUGGCCACACUGUCUAAAGAGGUCAUAUCAGACUCACCUUAUCAGUUUUCCUUAUCAAUAAACGUCUGA